AAUGGCAAAUGAGGGUACCUGUACGAAGUGGGCGGGGCUAGGGAGGCUAGGGGUUCUUUUUGGAACAUACAGCGCGCGUGCUCGCUCUCUUACUCCUAAGUGGCAGCCGGUUAAGGAAAGGAUCUCCCCACACCCCGCGCUCUUUCUGUCUUUUUCUCUCGCCCUCCCCCUCCACGCCUCCCACUCUGCGCGUGCGCGUUGCUGCGACGCUCCUCCAGUCUUUUCCUGUGGCGCGGAAGGGAAGUAUUUGCUAGAACACACUACAUACUAUGGCUGAUGAAGUUGAUUUCACCACUGGAGAUGCUGGUGCUUCUGCCACGUACCCAAUGCAGUGUUCUGCACUCCGCAAGAAUGGCUUUGUGGUACUGAAGGGACGUCCCUGCAAGAUUGUAGAAAUGUCAACUUCUAAAACUGGCAAACAUGGUCAUGCAAAGGUUCACCUAGUUGGUAUUGAUGUGUUCACUGGCAAAAAGUAUGAAGAUAUCUGCCCUUCUACUCACAACAUGGAUGUUCCAAAUAUCAAGAGGAAUGACUAUCAACUGAUCUGUAUACAAGAUGGAUAUCUCUCUUUGCUGACAGAAAGUGGUGAAGUUCGUGAGGAUCUGAAGGUGCCUGAAGGUGAACUAGGCAAAGAAAUAGAGGGGAAAUACAAUGCAGGAGAAGAUUUCCAGGUAUCAGUCAUGUGUGCAAUGAGUGAAGAAUGUGCUGUAGCCAUAAAACCUUGCAAAUAGGACCAUCUGGAUUUGAGCAUUUGCUCAGGUCCCAGCAACUGCAGAUCUCGUAUUUUAGUUAUAAUUAUCACCAAAGCUAUAACCUUCACUAGCAACCUCGUGUCUUUGUUUGAAAAUAGUGCUGACUAAUGUUGCAAGCCAUUUGGCAAUAUUAAAAUUGCUAAAGUUCAAGUGCUUACUGGAAUGGCAAGGCAGUCAAAACUGUCAUUUUAGAUCAUGAGGUGUUAACUAGUAUGCUUUGCUCGACUGAGACUGUAUAGCGGUGCCAAUACCAAGGUAGUACUAAGUUUGGGUUUAAGUAAGAAUAGUGUUUAAAUACAAUGUUUUAAACAAAUGAAAACAAUUUUAUCUUAAAUAUGGUGAAAUAUGGCUUGCACUGAACUGUGAAUAGUUGUUGAGCUGGAGACAAAGGAACUUGUAUGAUCAAAAUGCCAGUGCUGAUGGCCAUGUUCGACAAACGAUAUCUCUGCAGUCUUGCUGGCUUACUCAACAUGUCACCAUUUGCCUGUGAUGCAAGCAUCCAGAAUAUUGGAUGCUUUCAUACAGUGGUUAAUAGUUCACAAAAGCUGGGGGGGGGAGUGGGAGGGGAGGAGAUUCACUAGAGGCCUUUGAUUUCAACAUGGCAGCCACUCUUCUAGUUUAAAAGAAGGGAAUGCCUCAAGUGUUUCAGUAUUAGGCAUAUUUGUUUUGAAUUUAACUCUUGGUUUUGUAGCACAAGUAGACUUUUAGUAAUUGGAUAAAAAGUGCACAUACUAGCUUGUAUGGAAGCAUAAUAUGAGCCCUGUUUCCACACAACUGAAAUUUAAGUCAUGGGUUGUACAAUAUCACAAAGAACUAUGACAGAAUGCCCUAUCAAGGACAGGAGCUUCAGUUCUAUGUUAUAAGGUCACUGACUGAAAAUCUACUUGUGCAGGACUUGGUUACACUGAACAGGCAAAUGCCUAAUCGCUUAUAGACGUACUGUCUACAUGAUCUUCUAUUCUGCAAGAUCGUGCUUCUGCUUAGUUAGCAUUUUGGGGGACACCUGAUUUAACUUAAAGUUGCCUUAAAUAUUGGUAGCAACUGACUAACUUGAACUAGUGACUGGGUUCUUAAAACUUCCUUAGUUCAUUAUUGGCAGCUUUUUGUGUGUAGGAAGCAGGAUUGUAAGCUUCAGUUAGGACCAUGGUUGCCCUUCAAUCAAUAAAGUUAGUCUAGGGGUGUAAAUGAACUGCAUCAGGUUCUCAUCGUAGGCUCUAAAGUUAGCUAAGCAAGUAUCUAUGCAGAGAAGGGGCACAAUGCAGAUUGAUUUGGCAAUAAACACUCUUGAACAAAGCACAGUCUUGAUACAGUAGUGAAUAAGUACAUGUUUCAAGAUCUAGGGCUACUGGAAAACUGAAGGAUUUUAGCAUGUUUAGUCUAAUCAUGUGAGUGUUCCUGGGUAGUUGAUUCUUAAUAGUCAUUGUUGGAAUGAGAAGUCCCAAUUUGAAACACAGACUCAAUAAGCAUUAGUCAUGAACAAGUGUUCUACAGCUAUCUACUGUGCCUGAGCAUCUGUGAAAGGUAAACUCAUGUCAUAGUAUCUGAAGAGUCCUAAGAUGUAACUGCUUGCAUCCUCAUAAGGACGUAUGCAACUAAUAUGUAUAGGGGCAGCUGGCCUUUGGAAAUAAGUUACUUAAAGUGCCAUCUUUAGGGAAGGUGGCCUCUUAAUUUCAACAUGACUUUUAGCAAUCUGGAACCACAGGAUAUCUGGACUAGAUGGAAAAAAUAGCAUCUGCUAAAUAGAUCUGAAGAGCACUCUUGCAUACAGCUGUUGCAGUGUCAUCACUUCACCAGUGAAAACUACAAUAUUUACAAUAAGACAAUAGCAAAGCCAUUUCACGAAUAGGGGGCGAUCUAAAAAUCCACCAGGUUUACAAUAAACUAACUUUACUAAUAAAAGCUUAAUGCUGUAUCUUUCAGGUUCUUUAAGCUGUUUCAGGGUAAUCAUGUUUCUCUAAAUCCACUUUUAAAUGAUUUUUACUUCAUAGUUGGAACAAAUUGUAUUUAGUUUAAGAGCAGGUUCAAGUUCUUCUUACUAGCUGUAAGCCAAAAUAAAGGCUGUUGAUAAGAGCAAUUCAGUCCUGCUGCUGUUCUGUAAUGGUGCAAGCUUUCUUGUUUUGGGUCCAUUAAUGUUUUUGUUCAGUGUGCUGUAGGUUCUCUUGCCUCAAAUGUUAGGGACUUAUUUUUAAAAACCCAACUUUACCUCUUGAUGUGUCGUUGUCUUUGUUCAACAAAACCACUGCUAGUUGAGCCGUGACUUGAAUAUACUCUUCUCAGGGCUGCUCUUGUGAAGAAUUGAAAGAGCUUAAGUUGAUUAUUUUAACAAAGCUGCUUGAAAGUCUUACAGGGUUUUGUAUUCCAUAAAUUUAUAGCAUGCUUAUGAUGCAAGUAGAGUUCAAGUACAUUGAACCUUAGCCUAAGAGUCAAACAUUGUGACCAAGCUUCUCUAGUGACUAGAUGACAAUGUUUGACUGCAGUAAGCUUUAAGUAUGGAGAUGUUGGCUGUGUUUAGAAACUUUCAUAGAACAAGCUGUGCUUAAAUAUUUUGUCCUGCGUAAAGUACAAGAUUAUCAUACAUUAUGUUCAACAAUUUUCACUGUACAACUCAGACACUGAUCUCUGUGGCUUUUAUUUACGUUGCUGUAUCUAGGUCUUUUAGUGAACACUCAUGAUCAGUGACUGUUAUAUUCAGAUUGAUAUUAUCGUAAACAAAAUGUGGGGAGAAGGGGUUUUUGUAUUUGCCACAUACGGUAUCUCAGACAAGUAUGCAAUAUACUUACUGGCUAGUGAAUGGAUGCAGUGUUCGUUGUACAGGAGUGACCUUGACUUUAAAAGCAAAACUUGAAAGGUUUGUAUUUUUUUCUGCAUUUCUGUAAUAGUAUAUUCAUGUGUUAAGAGUCUUUGGCUUUUAACUGUUUUAUUGAAAUGUUUGAAUUAUGAUUUGGGUCACAAUAAUGAGAAUAAAGUUUGAACCUAAA